GCCAGAUUUGAUACAAUUCAUUAUUUAUUAACUUUCGUGGUACAAUUUUUACAACAAUAAUGGGAUUUGACUACUACGGAAUAUUGGGGAUUAAAAGAAACUGCACUCAACUAGAGGUGAAGCAAGCAUACCGGAGGCUCGCAUUAAAAUACAAUCCAGAGAGAUACGACAAUGAUGAGAACAUGCGAAGAAUAUUCGCGCUCAUCGGCGAAGCUUACGAGGUCCUUGUUGACCAUAAACACAGAGCCGUAUACGACCAGUAUGGUGAGGAAGGGCUGAAAAGAGGGAUACCUGGUCCAACAGAAUACAUCCAACCUUACAUUUACCAUGGAGAACCGAUCCGAACGUUCGAAGAGUUUUUCGGCACUACUAAUCCAUAUGCAGACCUCUUAGACUACUACGAGAAUCCCCAACCAAUGUUCGAUUCGCCCCUUGGAAAAGGCUACAAGGAAAAAGAUCCGGCAUUAGUGCGUCCAUUAUCACUCUCGUUAGAAGAAGUAUACAGAGGCGGACUUAAGAAAAUGAAGAUACAACGGUUAGUGUUUACUGACGAAUCCUGCUCAAACCUGAAUCUUCGGGAGAAGGUCCUGUCUAUACCAAUAAAGCCCGGCAUCUAUCCGAACACAGAGAUCCGUUUCAAGGAAGAAGGCGACCAGGGUCCAACAAGGAUCCCUGCUGACGUUAUAUUCAUAACGAAAGAUAGACCGCAUGAUGACUUCGUCAGAUCAGGACUAAGCGAUCUUCUAAUGAUGAAAACUGUAACAUUAAAAGAAGCUCUCUGCGGAUUUUCACUGACAAUAAAAACUCUGGACGAUCGUAUUCUUCGCAUCAAAAUAACAGACGUUAUAACACCCACGUACGAGAAGGUUAUUGAGGAUGAAGGUUUGCCGAUUCCCGUCUGUCCGACAAAAGCAAAAGGCAAUUUAAUAAUACGAUUCAACGUUGAAUUUCCCGAAUAUUUGUCCAAACGAAGCAAGAUCGCGUUCGAAGAAGCAUUCCGAACUAAAGACGCCGAAGACAAAAAAUUCGAUAAUCUUAAAUGUGGCACAUUGUCCACCACCUCUGUUUAUAAUAAUUAAUAUACUGUCAUGAUUCGAAGUUGAGAAAAGUAAACAAAUAAAAGAGAUUGCAGUAUUGUGUUUAUAUUUAUUACAAGUUUAUUUUAUUAGUAAUCAGCUGACCCGACAGACGCUGU